UUUUUGGCAAAUUAAAAUACUUAGUUAUCAACAUUCGUUUAUAAUACUUAGUCAAAACAAUACACUAAACAUUUUGGCAACACGUUACAGGGAUCAUCACCAACCUACCCCCGCUUGCCCCGCCUUGAACCCAACGCAGUGGAAGAGGAAGAAAAACGGUCGCUAAAUUGUUGCGUAUAAUUUCCAGUCUCCCCCCUUUCGCCCACAGUUUUCAUAUUCAAAUUGGUUUUUGUUGUUAAACGCGUGCAGUAAAAUAUAAAAAGAAUAUAUAUGCAUAACUUAUGUCUAGGGAGUUAUGUAUUGGUAAGUGUAGUGCGAGCUGCAGCGGCAGGCGCAAGAGAGGAAAGUGACAUAGCAGCAGCAGCAACAACAAAAACAAAACGAAAAUUUUAGUCAAAAGAAGAAGAAGAAGACGACGACCACAAAAAAAUAAAAUACAAAAUCCCAAAACGUGCAGCAUCAAUAUUUCAAAAUAUUCCUUUGAGUGUCUUAAACAAUGUCUAAUGGUGACGAUGUUCUAGACAAUUGGGAAGAAAUUGAUGAAUCUGGGCUCUCUAAGACAUUGGAAAGCAAACUGCGGACCACGGACGCCGCUAUAGAGUCCAAAGAGGAAAAACAAAUAGUUGGCAAAAUGAAAUUACUUCAAAGGCCACAGAGUCAGCCAACUGGACAAGAAAAUAGCCUUCUACAGAGUAGUCCAAGCGGAAGCAGCAGCAGUGCUAAUCAGUCAUCGCCCAAGCAACUAAUCAUUGCCAAAAAACCUUUGCCAUUGACAACGACGUCGACGUCGGCGACGGCGGCAACGGAUGAUGAGACUUCUACACCCGUUUUAAUGGUGCUACAUAAAUCCUCCAGCGAAUAUGAGGCGGCCACCUAUGCCACACCCAUAAACAAUCAAACGGUGAAAAUUUUACGUCGUCCCGCCCAGGCUGAGGAGCGUCGUGAUACCAAUGGCUUGAAACCGAAGCAACCCAUCAAGACGUUGAAACAACGCGAACAGGAAUAUGCUGAGGCCAGGCUAAGGAUAUUGGGUGAAGCCAAAAAUCCUGAAGAUGAUGAAGAGAAUUCAUCUAAUCAAGUGGACGGAACUGGAAAGGCCGCUGUUACUGGAGCUUCCACAACUCCCACCCCAACGCCACCAGCAGUAGCCGCAACCACCACUACAAAUCCAUCGCAAUUGACAUUAUCACCCGCUGCUAGCAAUAGUAACCAUCACCACAACAACAGCGGUGGCAGUAAUAAUAAUAAUAAUAAUAAUCCCCAUCCUGGCAUGCAUCGCUCUAGCUCGGCACCAAAAAUGUCGCAAACAUCAUCGUACGGCAAUUACAAUAGUUACUUUGCAGGACCAUUACCACCACAACCACAGCAUAAUGCAGGACUGAAUUAUUUCUAUCAGCAUGCUGCGGGAACGCAACAAACUCCGCCAAAUCUUCAACAGCAUUUUAAUCAAUUUAUGUCACCCUAUGGACCGAGUGGUGCAUCAGCAGUAGGAGGAGGUGGAGCAGGAGCAAUAGGAGUUGGUGGCUUAGGUGGUGGUGCUGGAGGCAAUUCUCAACAGAGUUGGUCUCCCGUUGUUGGUGGCAGUGUAUCAGCUGCUCUUUUACGUCAACAGUCAAUGCAAACGCCGCCACAUCAUCAUCAUCAUCAGCAGCAGCAACAACACCAGCAGCAACAACAACAACAACAACAGCAGCAGCAAUCACACCAUCCGUAUAACGAUAAUAUUUUGCGUUUGCCACGAGGUCCAUGUCCCAAUGGUUCAUUUGGCUUUCAGAUGCGUCGGUAACAGCUUGCUGGACAUUUGGAUGCAACAACAACAAUAGCAACAACAACAGCAACUUAUUUUACAAUUCUUCAAUUUGAAUUUUAUCGUAGUUUAUCAACGAUUCCAAAUGCAAAUUUCUAUAACUAUCUAUAUAUAUUUUAUACUUUCAAAUGCAUUCAAUCUUUGAGAUCUGUAAUAAUUUCAUACUUUCUCUUUGGCAAUUUUGAAAAGUCAUCCAAUACAGAACCAGCAAGAACUACGAUUAA